UUCACUGCUUUAAAUCCCAUCUUUUCCGGGUGUUUUAGGGACUUCCCCUGUAUUUUCUUGCUCGACUUACUUUGGGGGUGAAGCAAAAGUUUUUUUUUUCCUUCUUCUUCCCCUCUCACCUUCUUGGAUAGUUUGUUUCUUAUAGUUGGGAUUUUUCCUCCUUUUUGUUUUUUGUUUCCUGCCUGAUUGCCUGCUUUCCUGUGGGCACAUCAACCCUUCCUUUCCCCCUGCUCUCCUUUUCCUUUUCCUCCCAUCUUCCUCCGUUCCUCGUCUCCUCGUGUGUGGUUUUUGGGCUAUGCUCUCCUCACCCACUGUGAUCCUCCAGCCUUAUGGACUCCCUGUCUAUCCACAGGCAACCACAUGCUACCCCAGCAUAGUUCAGGGGGCCCCCACUCAGGAGGCCGGCCCAGGCAGCGGAGACCCUGCCCUGCCUCAGGUCUACGCCCCGCCUCCCUCUUACCCCCCACCAGGUCAAGGUCCCCCAACAUCUGCCAGCAGAUUGCCAACUCUCGACUUUAGUUCUGCACAUCCCAAUACAGAGUACCCAGAACAUCCGCAACUCAGAGUCUAUCAGGGCCCUCAACAUGAUGGGGCCGACUCUCUGACAUCUAGUAACACGGAGGACACAUUGGCCCCUGUGACCUCUGACCCCCAGUCUCUCAGUGUGUCCGUGUCAUCAGGGGGUGGGGCAGGAAGUGGUAGCGAGGAAGAGGGGUCAGGUAAGACCCAACCGAAACGCCUCCAUGUCUCAAACAUCCCUUUUCGCUUUAGAGACCCAGACCUCCGCCAGAUGUUUGGGCAAUUUGGAAAGAUCCUUGAUGUAGAGAUUAUCUUCAAUGAGAGGGGGUCAAAGGGCUUUGGAUUUGUCACUUUCGAGAAUGCUGCCGAGGCUGACCGAGCAAGGGAAAAGCUGAAUGGGACAAUCGUGGAGGGGAGAAAGAUUGAGGUUAAUAAUGCCACUGCAAGAGUAGUUACCAAGAAACCCCAAACACCUCUUGUGAACGGUGAAAUUUCAACUUCUGGGUGGAAGAUCAACCCUGUCAUGGGGGCCAUGUAUGCACCUGAACUCUAUACAGUUGCCAGUUUUCCAUACCCUGUAGCGACUCCCACGCUGGCCUACCGGGGAUCAGCGCUGCGUGGUCGGGGUCGAGCCGUCUACAACACAAUUCGCUCUACUGCAGCCACACCUGCCACUGUACCUACCUACCCUGGGGUUGUGUAUCAGGAUGGACUGUAUGGAGCAGAAGUCUAUGGUGGAUACCCUGCAGCUUACAGAGUGGCUCAAUCAGCAUCUGCUGCCACAGCGACCUACAGUGAUGGAUAUGGACGGGUUUACGCCACAGCUCCAGACCCCUAUCACCACUCAGUUGGACCAACAACAACAUAUGGGGUUGGUACAAUGGCUAGUUUGUACAGAGGAGGAUACAACCGCUUCACCCCCUAUUAAGGCUCAGUGAAGGGCAGGGUAUGGGGGGGGGGCAUCUCUGUUGAACUUUGGGACUGGCUGAUCCACGGACACUGCAGGGCAGAUUACAAGCUCCUUAAACAACCUUGGAAAUGUGGGACACAUGGUGUUACGUCCUGUCUCCAUCACAACCUCUCCUCGAGAGACUAAACAGACUGAAGUUUGAAAUACUGUACGACCCAUCUACCAUCCGCUCAGCUGGAGAACACUUAGCACAUGGGAGAGGCUGUUGUGUAAUUUAUAGACAGUUAAUUGAAACUUUUAAUGGUUCUUUAGAAUUUUAAGAAGGGAUAGCUGAGUUAAAAAAAAAUACUGUGAGAUUCUUGUGACUAAUUAUUAAGGAUUUUUGCAAACUGUACAAACCCCCCCCCAUUUUGUACAAUGUUAAAUUACUUAUUUUUGUUGGCUUUAUCUUACUGUUUUGUGUGUGUGCGUGCGUGCGUGCGUGCAUGCAUGCAUGCGUGCGUGCGUGUGAGUGGGAACAUGUGAGUUUACACAUCAAUAUUGUUCAGUUACUCAGUGGACUGAGAGACAGCUGUGACACUGAUAUCGCAACUACAAACAUAGAAAUCAUGUUUAUGAGCUGGAAUUUGUCUUUUUGCAUUUCUAACAAUCUACCUCUCAAUCUACAUCUUUAGCUUUUCCUACAGCGGUUACAGUUAAUCCUUGAUUGCAGUAGCUUGAGUCCUUUCCUCUCCAUAAAGGCCAAACACAGUGUAGUUUCUCUUUCUGUGGCUUCACUUCUCACUACCUGCUGAGCUUCGAUGACCUCUUCUCCCACCUCUAAGCUGCAGUCGGUAGCUUUUACUGUCCUGUAUUUUCUCCCUCUGUCCUCCUUCGUUACUGCUAAAUGACUUCUUUACUCAUACCAAUGAGUUCUUCUUGACUUUGUUUCAUUCUUUUCGCUUUGUUUGAUGUUUACCUCUGAAUAAAUCUGAUUUUCCUCUCCUCUUCUGUUUUUUUUAUUGAUUCUGCUUCUCCUUUCGCACUGGAUUUAUCUGUUGUGGCAACAUGACCUACAUGUGUGUAUUUGACAUCUGAUGUCAAGUGAAAAUCACUCCUUUAGUUGUGAUGACCUCAUCCCACCACACCCAGUCCCAGUAGGCUGUACAUAGGCAAUUCUAUAGAAAAUGAAAAACUUUUCUCCUCUUUGUGUGAUUUCAUUGCUUACUACAUUGUUGCAUCACUCCCUCAUCCCCCCCCCAGUCACACUCUGCGUCUGUUUAUGCUGUACAUAUAUGAAAACUACUCUGGGCCUCUCUUCUACUAUUUCCUGCACUAAUCUUCUAAAUUGUUUGCUUUGCUCUUUCCUAGUUUCACCCUGUCUGAGAUUAGUAAUGCAUUUUAAUCUUUUCUGUUUAUUAACUCUUUUGUGUUUUUAAUGUUCUCUUCUUGCCUGCAACUUAUUAUGCAACUCCUUGACUUCAAUCUAGUCUGUUUCCUCUUAUUUUCUUACAUAAUUCUGAGCUGUUUUGCUUCUGCCCUUUCUUUCCUUAGUAGUAGUUUUAUUUUUCCUUCUUGCCUAUUUUCUUGACACCUUUAAACUGCAUGAACUGUCCACUGCCAUUCUUUCCUUAGCUCUUUGCAUGGUGAACUUAUUCUUCACUUUCUAGAUGUUUUUCCUUUCACACUAUCUUUAUUUUCCAGCUGUUCUCAAGGAUUAUUUACCUCAUCGUAAAAACUAUCAAGUUGCAUGAAGGAACAUUGCACCAUUGUGUUCAGUAAUCCAGCUGAUCUUUACAAUGAACUGUUCACACACAACUGAAUUCCUCUUUGUGCUCCACU